GUCUUGCCGCGGAAAAUUCACAUUCAGUCGUGAACGAAUCGCUUUGGAAGACGCGUCCUGAACGGAUAGAACAGUACCAGGCGAGAAGAAGCGAUCACUUGUUCGAGAGUCAUCGGAGUCUGUUGAACUUUGCAUUUCGCGUUCGAUCGUUGCUAGUUGAUUGUCUUACGUUCGGUUUCGUGUUUAUUUAGGUAGGUUUCCUAAAAGUGUUUGAUAUUUGUCGAUUAAGAAAGUUCAAAGCUAACUAACCCCUUCUUCUGCUUCGAACUAACCCAAAACACUGCCAACAUGAGUCGACGUCCCGGAAUGCGUACCCGUGUCUACGCCUCAAAUCUCGGGGUGGUGGAGAACAACUACAAGGAAGCUCUAGCGCGGCUAGAGAAAAGCCGUCGGCCAGCAUCGGCUGACCGCGAGACCAAAACGCGCGUGUCGCCAUUUUCCGCCAGGCCUACAUUCGAUUUUAACGGAUCCGAGUUCGACGACGAAUUGGCGGCUGCUCGCUCUCGGGCCUCCCGCGUCAUCCAGGAAAAAUCCGUCAUUGAUUCACGCUCGGAACAGCUGCGUAGCCACAGUCUUGCACCGGCUCCCAUCAGCAGUGCCCUGCUGGAAAACGAAUUCGACGAUCAGGUCCAAGCUACAUUGAACCGGAUCCGGGCUAGUAAAAAUCUGCUUAGUCAGCUACAGUCCGAGGAUGCAUUGGAACAAGUUCGAACCGAGACUCGAUCCAAGCUGAGCGAGCAAACGAGCAAAAAAUUAGCAGAAAAAAUGUCCACUUUCUACGAUGUUGAUGAUUUUGCUGAUCGAUCCGUGCGAAAGACGCUCAAGAUUAGAGCAUCCGCUGAUAAUGCGACCAAGAGUGCCCUCAAAUGGAAGGACGAAACGGCGGAAUCGUUUGCGGCCAAGCGGGCUAGUGCCACCAAAGCUCGCCUGCAGGAUCUGGACCAGGAGAUGCUCGAUUUCGAGGAAAAGCAAGCGGCUCGAGCCCGGCGCUCAGCACAACUGAAGAAAUUGCUAGCGGAGACGGCUUGCGAUGAGUUGAUUCCUGCCACUACCACUGAACAGGCCGGCACGAAGGUGACAACCGGAAUGGUUCGGUUCAAGGCACAGAAGAAGGUUGUAUCCUUCUAGAGACUGCGAUCCUGCCGCAGUUAGAUUAAGUUAAAUAACCUGUGCUCUGUAAAAUGGUUUCGUGAAAUGUAUAAAAUUCUGAUAUUUUUGAAAUAAAUUAUGUCGUACUCUAGUCUAUAGGAAUCUGCACAACAGAAUAUUUAUUUUUAUUGUCAUUCGGUACGUUUUGUUUUCUUCCCAAUUCUAGACGAUGUUUUGAAAGAUGAACAAUAUUUCAAGUGAAAUUUAAAUGUAAAAAUAGAUCACGCGAAACCACUAUGACUCACAUGAAACCAAGUUAACCAUGAUCAAAACAAAUAAAAUAAAAAGACCCGUGAGUAGAUCGCUUUACUUUUGUCGUUUUAUAUCCGGAAGGUUAGACAUAGCAUAACAAGACAGAUGUUAGAUUUAAAAAUAUCUCCGUGAAUGUGAGCUGCGGUUUUAAACUCUAUGUACUAUAAAAAAUAGUGCUAUUAUCUCUCAAUUAAGAAUUACUUGCAUGUUGAAGAAAGAAUCUGCAAAAACCAAUUUGUAUACAUAUUAUCGGGCUUCUGUUCAAACAAACAAGUAUAUGAAAAUAAAGUAAAAUAUAGAACAUUCUGUAGAUGGAAA